AACUUCAGCGCUUUCAACAAGAACUACGAUAUUGGCCUGGUCAAGCUUGACAUGCCCGUAAACUUCACCGACAAAGUGAGGCCUAUUUGUCUGCCAGAAAGAGGCACCGAUUUGCUUCGGAACGGCGAGUGCUUUGCAACUGGGUGGGGACAGACAAGAGGAAGCGGAAGUUUUGCGACGCUCAAGCAAGCCCACAUGAGUGAGCUGCCCUUCCAAGAGUGCCGAAACGCCGGUGGUCUGGUCUUCAAGGAGCUGGACGAGCACAACACCUUCUGCGCAGGCGACCCUCACGGAGAGCACGGCGUUUGCCACGGCGACAGCGGCGGCCCACUGUUCUGCGCCAAGGAUGGCACCGGUUGGAGCGUGCAGGGCGUCGCCAACGCCGUCCUGAAGAGCACCGACUUGGGGACGCUGUGCGGCGUUGGCAGCGACUCGUUCUGGAACAGGGUCAGCGCUCACCUGACCUGGAUCCGCCGUACCAUUCGCGUUUUGUAGCACCUUCCUCAGUUGGUAGCGCGUUGUUCCAUAGCUGAUCCAGGGCGUCCAGCCAGCCCGGCGUGCAAAAUUUGCACUAUGAUUAGCAUGAUCGAGUCAAUGAGCCAUUAGGCAAGUUUUCUUUAGCAGGAAGAGAUGACCGUUUCGGCAAUAAAGUGCUGCGGGAAUAUUGGAUUUCGAAAACUA